AUGUCUUCCUCUGGAGUUCGUGGUAUUCUAUUUGACUUUGACGAUACCCUCGUUAAAACUACGAAAUCAGAUAUCAGUGCCAUAGAAAAGGUAAAAGAAAGAUUAAGACGUUCGUUAUGUAUGAAACACGUCGAACUGAUAGUAAAUGAAUACCUGGAAAAAUUGGCUUUCCAUUCUAUAGAUCCCAAAGGAAUUAUCGACCCUCAUAAAUGGAGGACUGAACUAUGGCAACAAGCGAUAAAUCUCGUACCAAUCAGCUGUACAAAACCCAAUGCACAUGACAUUUACCAUCUUUGGAGGUUUUCGCGUUUAGAAGGAAUUUCUUUAGAUCAAGAAGUAAUUAGAACAUUAAGUCAACUGCGUUUAAGAUAUAAGUUAGCCAUUAUCACAAACGCUGACCCAGUAAUCCAGAGAGAGAAACUUCAAACGUGCGGUAUUAGGGAAUAUGUUGAUGCCAUAAUUAUAAGUGGGGAGCAGCUUUAUCCCAAGCCACACCCCUCUAUCUUCCAUACAGCCUGUUCGAGUCUCGGAGUGUUACCUGAAGAAUGUAUCAUGGUUGGUGACGAUCUUAUGUCUGAUGUUCAGGGGGGUAUAAAUGCUGGAAUGAAGGCAACUGUAUGGGUCAAAAAUGAGAGUCAGCAAAAAUGUACUUCAGCUGGUUAUCCCACCCCAGAUUUCACAAUCGAUGCACUAAAGGAACUGCCWAGUGUUUUAUCUCAAAUCAGUUCGUAAAUGAACAAUGGUUGAUUUAGCCUAGCUGACCUUUCAUUUGUCUGUUUAUUACUGCUGAAACCUGUCCUUUAUAAUCUAGGAAAUAUGUAAUUUCAAUACUGUGCAAUAAAAAAAUACUAAGAACCAAAAUGUCAGUCAAAUAUACCUUUUUAUUACACACUAUUUAUUUUGCUUGUAUAUAUUAUUUCCAUCAUAUUUCUUGCUGGACACAAGUGUGCAAAUAUUUUAACGAAUAAUUACCAUAAUAGUAUGUAAAAUGUAACCAAACUAAAUUUUAAAGUUUAACUGUAUCAGUCAAUUUGAAUAGCUUGUCCUUAAAUGAUGACCUUGAUUUCACAAAGAGUUGACAUGCCCCUCCUGCACCUUCCUAAAUCUGUCACUGCUAUAAAAAUUAAAAUAUGUCUGUCAUGUUUGAAACAUUUUAUGAUAAUUUAGUAGUUGGAAAUAUAAUGUGAGAUCUUAAUUCAUGAUUUUAUUACUUCUAAACUUGAUCAUUGUAAUUCUGUACUAUAUGGUAUUCCUAAGAAUCUUAUCAAUAGUUAACAGUCUGUUCAAAAUGCAGCAGCUCGCGUUGUUACACUUACUAAGAAAUAUAACCAUAUCACUCCUAUUUUAACUAUGCUUCAUUGGUUGUGUGUACAAUUUAGGAUUACAUUUAAGCUAAUGUUAUUGGUAUGUAAAUCCCUUAAUUGUUUAGCACGAAAAGUCUCAUUGUUAAAUUUGUCUUUAUUCCCUUGAAAUUACUGAUCAUUACUUUCUAGUAUGAAGUAUUUCUUAGUAGUUCCUAAGAUUAGGUUUAAAACUUAUGUUGACAUAUCCUUUGCCGUACCUAGACCUAAAUUGUGGGAUGAUUUACCUUUAGACUUUAGAAAAUCAACCUCAGUGCAGGGGUUUAAUAGGGCACUGAAAGCAUAUUUGUUUAAAACAGCAUUUAAUUGAUAGAGUAUCCUUAUCUUUAGGUUAUUUUUGUGUAUUCUAGUUAGAAUUAUAUAUACAUGUAAACAUUUAAAAGAAAAAUGAAUAUAAAUAAAUUAAAUAAAUGGGAUUUACCAUUGGCA